CUGAGGAAAAUAACGAUAAUGCACGUCACGAAGUCUUAAGAGCAUAUUACUUCCUUGGAGAGGAACUGGAAAAACGCCUUACCGACUAUAAACAAUCUAUGGAAGAACAUGAGGCUCAGAAGAAGGUCAACGAUGAGGUUAGAGAUCAGCUCCCAAAUGAAGUUUCCAAGAAUGCACUCAGAAAGAAAACAGAAAGAGCCAGAAAAAUCUAUGAUCUUUUUUUUCGUAUUGGUGGAGAUAAAGUUCAAAGGAUGACAUAUAUCCAACGAAUAAAAACGUUUACUGCACCAUCGAUUUCAAAUUUAAGUUCGGAAAAUAUCAAAUAUGUAGCAUUACAG